CUGUAGUCAAUGAUAGACUAUAAAUGAUAGAUGGGAUACAAUUUGGUCCUUCCGAUCCAAAUUCGGCAAACCUUCCAAAAGAUCCAUCUUAUUAUUAGUUACCUGCUGUGAUUGGUCCGACGGUUGAACGCUGACACGCUAGAAUGCCUUCUCUAUCCAACAUCUAUCUCUUGGCCUACAACUCUGCUCAGGCCAUUGCAUGGGCAGUUUGUCUCUCUCUAAGCUUGAGCAGUGUGCUGUCCACCAAGGGGGUCAAUGGAGCCUAUGCUUCUGCUGGAAACCUCAUCUAUUUGUGCCAGAUGGUUGCGUUCUUGGAAGUUAUACACGGAGCCAUUGGUCUGGUGCCGAGUGGAGUGGUGAUUCCUCUGAUGCAAUGGGCAGGGAGGACAAACUGUAUUUUUGUAAUGCGUCAAACCCAUGAGGUCCAACAGUUGCCAGCAGUCUUUAUAACUUUUGUUGCAUGGAGCAUCAGUGAGGUUAUUAGAUAUCCAAACUACGCUUUGAAUUGCAUCGGAAGUUGUCCGCCUUGGCUUACUUAUCUCAGGUACUCUGCAUUCCUUGUCUUGUAUCCUCCUGGGAUGGGUGGUGAAACCUGGAUUAUGUACCGUGCACUUCCAUUUUUGAAGAAGUACUCCUUCAGCUAUUAUACUUUUCUGAUGGUUGUGCUUUUCUGCUACCCUAUCCUGUGUUUGAAAGUUUACCUGCAUAUGGUCAAGCAACGGCGAUCAAAGCUGGGUAAACAAGACAAGAAGAAGAAGAAGAGGUGAAGGACCACUGAAUAAUGGUGAUUCAGGAACACGUGCUACAUAUAGAGGGAGGCUUACAAUUGGCUUUAUAUUAAAAUUCUUGCAUAUUUAUUGCUUGAUCCAAUGAUCCACCACUUGCCCUUACCUACUUUGGAGUCUAAAAUUGUCUCUCCAAUCUAUUUUAGAUGUCUAACCACUGUUAUUCAAUGAUGUGCAAUUGUUAUCGUCUUAAUACAUUGGUUUAUGAAUUUGAUCUAUUUUAUCGGUGAUAUGAGAAAUUAGAAAGAAAUGUUAGUUGGCAGCA